AUGGCUUGCUUACUAGAUAGAUAUCUUUCAACUUUGAUUGCUACGUGCUGCUGCAAUGUCGUCUGCAUUGUGCUUGUUCUUGGCUUGGGGAGCUGGAUGCGAUUGGAAAAUAUUCGUCGGGACAGGAAGCAGGGCCACACAAUCAGACAACAUCAAAAUGAUACUAGUCAAUUCAAGGAGGGCGAACAGAGCCCGGAGUGGAGGACCAACAUGUUGAACCGGGUGGAAGCUGUAGCGAGCUUCUGCAGAGGUGUCUGGGGUCGUUGA